CGAGGAGACACUCAGACUCAAGAAACUCACUUUCCUGGAAACUCACCCAGAACCUCCACCCUCUGACACCAUGGUCAGCUCCUGUUGUGGCUCCGUCUGCUCUGACCAGAGCUGUGGUCGAAGUCUCUGCCAAGAGACCUGCUGCCGCCCCAGCUGCUGCCAGACCACCUGCUGCAGGACCACCUGCUACCGCCCCAGCUGUGGUGUGUCCAGCUGCUACCGCCCCAUCUGCUGCCAGCCCACCUGCCCUCGCCCCACCUGCUGCAUCUCUAGCUGCUACCGCCCCUCCAGCUGUGGCUCCAGCUGUGGUUCCAGCUGCUGCAGGCCUACAUGCUGCAUCUCCAGCUGCAGGCCCCGGUGUUGCCAGUCUGUGUGCUGCCAGCCCAGCUGCCCCCGCAUCUCCAGCUGCUGCCGCCCCUCUUGCUAUAGCUCCAGCUGCUGCCGCCCGAGCUGCUGCCUGCGCCCAGUGUGUGGCCGGGUCUCCUGCUACACCACUUGCUAUCGCCCCACCUGUGUCAUCUCCACCUGCCCCCGCCCCGUGUGCUGUCCCUCCUCUUGCUGCUGAAUCUCUGCUUUGAACAUACUGCUUCCUCAUUUCCUCCUUCCCCACAGUUGCAGAGCUUCUUUUUAAAAUGUGGAGGGUUCAAGAGAACUCGUCCUUGAAUUUCAUAAACACACACCGGACAUACUGAAUCCACAUUCUAACUUCUCUCCAAACUCCCUCCGUUGCAAAUGAGAACACUCAGAAUCUCCCAGCAAAUUACAUUCUCCCAACACUCGUCCUUAUUUCUUUAGGACAUCUGUUUUUCAUGCUUAAGGAAUUUGUCUCUAUCACUUGUAGGGCCCCUGAUUUCUCUCUCUCUGAUAUGGAAAUCCAAUGAAGAUUUUUUGGUGUACUAUUUGGUAAAGAUUUUCUUACGUCUUUUUAUUUCCAUGAACCUAAAUAAACGUCCUCCUAUUGGCACUGAAAUUUGAA